AUGGCUGAACUAAAGCUCUGGUCUUUCUACAGAGCACUCAUCGCAGAGUUCAUAGCCACUCUCCUUUUCCUCUACGUAACCGUAGCCACCGUCAUUGGCCACAAGAACCAAACCGGUCCUUGUAACGGUGUCGGUUUACUCGGUAUUGCAUGGGCCUUUGGUGGCAUGAUCUUCGUCCUUGUUUACUGCACCGCCGGUAUCUCCGGAGGUCACAUUAACCCGGCAGUGACGUUUGGUUUAUUUUUAGCUCGUAAAGUGUCGCUCCUUAGAGCGGUUGCUUACAUGGUGGCUCAGUGUUUAGGAGCUAUUUGUGGAGUUGGUCUAGUUAAGGCCUUUAUGAUGACUCCGUACAAGCGUCUUGGAGGUGGAGCAAACACGGUUGCGGACGGUUAUAGUACCGGAACUGCUCUUGGAGCUGAGAUUCUUGGUACAUUCGUCUUGGUCUACACGGUCUUCUCCGCCACUGACCCAAAGAGAAGCGCGCGUGACUCUCACGUCCCGGUUUUGGCUCCGUUGCCUAUUGGGUUUGCUGUCUUCAUGGUGCAUUUGGCAACUAUUCCCAUUACUGGAACUGGGAUUAAUCCAGCAAGAAGCUUUGGUACUGCUGUUAUCUACAACAAUGAGAAAGCUUGGGACGACCAUUGGAUUUUCUGGGUGGGACCGUUUGUGGGAGCAUUAGCAGCAGCAGCAUAUCAUCAAUACAUCUUGAGAGCUGCAGCAAUCAAAGCCAUAGCUUCAUUCCGUAGCAACCCAACCAAUUGA